GUGACGCUGCCAAACGACGUCGUAGUCAUUGGCAAUCAUCGUGCCGUUUCCGUGUAGUGUGAUAAUGCCUGUGGUCAUUAUGAAUCCGGACGAAUCGCGAUAAACAGUUGCUCAAAGAGAACGUAACUAUCAAGAUGUUUCGUGUCGCGAUCGGUCUAUCAUCUGUAAUGCUUGUGAUAAACGCGAUCCAAUCGUCCUCGCGGCUCGGUGACACACUGUCUUCGCAUGAUUUCGCCAUUGAAUCCGCCGUGUAUUCGACUGAAAAGACGGACAGUGCCGAUAAAGUGUUUCGUCCUGAUAUCGAGGAGUCGAGAAACGUUUCUAUGCAACCGGGUGUGGAGAACACAAACAAAUCGACUGAAAAAAUACGUCUCCCUUUGUGUUGUCCCUAUGCAAGUCGUUUGACAAACAACCAAUGCGUCGAAACAAACGAUACUUACCAUUUCCCGCCCCUUUAUGAUUCCAAUAGUUUAACCUUAAUCGACGACGUACCGGAUCACACGAACUAUUUUCAUUUCAAUGUUCAGGAUCCCUGUGACAGUUUAAAUGCUCCACGCUACAAACUUAUACCGAACAUUUAUCCGGACGAUGCAUUCAAGUUUCUAAAUAAUGGUUCGAUUUAUAUGAAAGAAAAGAACAGUAUCAUUCCGGAGUCCGAUUAUUGUUUUGGCAUUAGUGACACUGACAUGUUCGACGUGUUCCUUUGCUUCAAUUCAGAUGCACAGCCAGAGGAUCCAAUAAUGUUUCCCAUCGGAUUGUUUGUGUCAGUUCCAUUCCUGUUUGCCACAUUUAUCGUCUACGUACUGAUACCAGAAUUGAAGAACAUGCACGGUCGUACGCUUCGUGGAUACAUCGCUUCUUUGUUGAUCGCCUAUGUGAUACUUGCGAUCGUACAAAUCUCUCCGCAGAACCAAAUUUCAGAUCCCUUCUGCAUUGCAUUUGCGUUCAUCAUCCAUUUCUCUUUCUUGGCUAGCUUCUUCUGGUUGAACGUUAUGUGUUUCGACAUUUGGUGGACGUUUGGGGGGUUUCGAUCCCUACAGGGCAGUAUGAAACAAAGAGAACGAAAAAAAUUUGUUAUAUAUUCGAUUUAUGCUUGGGGCUGCGCGUCAAUUCUCACCGGAAUUUGUAUCAUCAUGGAUUUUCUUUCUGACAUUCCAGAAUAUUUUAUCAAGCCGGAAUUUGGAAAACAAAAUUGCUGGUUUGCGACUAAUAAAGCAAAAGCAAUAUAUUUUUACGGCCCUAUGGGAGUCACCGUUUUUUGUAACAUAUGUCUUUUCGUCUCCACGGCGUUCAAGAUCGUGCAACAUAAAAAGAAUACGGCACAACAUCUCAGGGGAAUAGAUAGUAGGCGCCACGACGACAAUAAACAAUGGUUCAAUCUGUACUUAAAACUGUUUAUCGUGAUGGGUAUUAACUGGUCAAUGGAAAUAAUAUCGUGGCUCUGCAACAAUUCACCGGCAUAUAUUUGGUAUCUUACAGAUCUGACGAAUACUUUACAAGGUGUAAUUAUUUUCUUUAUUUUCGUUUGGAAGGAUAAAGUCAAACGACUACUGUUAAAAAGAUUCGGUUGUCACAAAAGCAACGUCCUUUCGAGAAAUUCAACUCGUAGUGCUUAUCUUAGUUCAGCGGCCUCUCGUACAUGUACAUCGACAACACCAUUCCAGGAGAAGAUCAUCUCCUAUUCGAACGAACCUUCUUGCACCAAAGCAACCGUUGAUAAUUAAGCAGAAUAAAGAUUACGUGAACAUUACCAAUUUCAGUGUUUGCGCUAUUUAUAAAAUAUCAUUUAUACGACUUGUUCAUAAUUUCGUUUAUUGGUCUUAAUUCACGUCUUUUUUUGCAUUAACGCGAUGCACAGAAAA